GUUGACAUCAAAAAUAUCAUAACACGUUUGGAAUAAAGAACAUUAGCAACGGAGACGAGUAACCAUGACGCUAACAUUAUUAUCUUUAAUUUCUUUCUUAGCUAUUUCUCAUGGUGCAUUAAUCAAGUUAGAUCCCAGGAUUGUGGGAGGAAGAAAUGCUAAGCCAGGUGAAAUCCCGUAUCAGGUUUCUCUCCAAAUUAUCGAAACAGGACAUCACUUUUGCGGUGGAGUUGUACUCAAUCAAAAAUAUGUAUUGACUGCCGCUCAUUGCGUGUUUGGCAAAAAUGUCAGUCUUAUCUCGGCCACCGUAGGAACGACGGAUUUACGAAAACCGCAUGCAGUGCAUUUCAUCGAGUCCUCUUACGUACACAAAGAAUAUGAUGAAAACAAUUCAUGGUUCAAUGAUAUCGCUUUACUUAAGCUUAAAACUCCAUUUAAAUUUUCCACUUUGAUAUCCCCCGUCGUAUUACCGGAGCAAAAUCAAAUUGUGAAGACUAAUUCAAUAGCAAUCGUGUCAGGAUACGGCAGAUUAUGGUAUAACGGAAACAAGACCACUGAAUUACACGUCGCUAACAUUAAAGUAGCUGAUCAAGCCUACUGCAGAUAUAUGUAUGAGAAACAUUCGAAAAAUAUUUUCGACACGGCGCAUAUCUGUGCAAACGAGCCAACCGUAGAAAGGGGUUCGUGCAAGGGUGAUUCCGGCGGUCCUCUCACCGUUGAUGGAAAACUCGUCGGACUCGUCUCGUGGUCAUACCGUUGCUCUGACACGGUAUAUCCUUCCGUUUACACACGUGUUCCAUCAUACGUCAAUUGGAUCGAAAAUUUAAAAUUAAUAGACAAUGCAAUAAGAGUGAAUUUAAAACAACCGUUCAAAUAAAUUGAAAAUAUUAUAUAUGCAUUGCACAUCCUGCCAUUGCUGCGGUCGAUAUCCUAACAAUAAACGGAUCAAAAGAGAAAAGUGGGUCAAAGCAAACCGUUGAACUACUGACAGCACACGUCAAGUGCACGAAAUUGUUUCAGAGAAAUUAACAAACACUUCUCUCAAAAACGAUUGAAAGAACCAUUUACAUCCAUUUUCUCUCAUUUCUGCCCGACGUUAAUUUCUACAUCUCGCACAGGCACACGCGCACAGAUGUGUAGAGCUUUGUAAACAGAGAACUGUCACGUUUGUUAAAAUACAUCUACGCUUCAUAACAUCUCUUUCCAUUUUACGAAAUAUAAUAAUCGUCAUACUGAAAAAGCAAUGUUAAUUUUUGGAUGAUUUUCGGACGCAAAUAAGAAAAUAGCGUUCAUCAACGAUCAAUUGUGCUUAGGAAAGAAAAAUAAAAGUUCGACUAACACAUUGAUGUCGCUGAGAUAUUCGGAUAUAAAUCAAACAGAGAAAUCGUUUACCGAGGACAUGUCGCGAUACUCUUUGUUUUUACGACAUCGUAAAGGCGAUAUUGAAAACACCCACGCAGCAUCCAAUCCGCGUUAUUCGACGCCACCGAUUCGCAUACUUAGAUGCAGAAAAACUAGAGCGCGAUCUCCGAUGGAUAAAAUUAUUAUAAAAAGUAAAAAUAAGAGAAUAUACAUAAAAAAAUAAUCUUAUAACUUAAACAAUUAACGUGAGAAAUGUGUAAUUAUGCUAAAUUUAAAAGAGAGAUUUUCUCUCCUUUUUUCUUUCCUUGUAUUUCCUUCGAUAAACUUCGCAUUUCUACUUACUGCUCCCUUGGAUACUAUAUAUAACUAUUAAAAAUUACAACGCAGGAAGUUUCUACGGGCUUGUUUGCUUGAAUUUAAGUCAACUUUAAUUCUCCUAAAUGCAUUAUACACAGAUAUAUAAAUGUUGCACAUACGUUAAUUUAUAAUAAUUGUUCCAUUGAA